GCCCUUUGACAUUGGAAGACAGAGUACAAAUUCAACGAGGAUCUUGUACUUUCGUGUGUGAACCGCUAGAAAUGGUAGAUAACAACGGUGCCGACGAUGGAAGCAUCAAGGAGCAAGACAGGUUGCUCCCAAUAGCCAACGUGGGGCGGAUCAUGAAGCAAAUCCUCCCUCCCAAUGCAAAAAUCUCAAAGGAAGCGAAAGAAACGAUGCAAGAAUGUGUCUCAGAGUUCAUCGGCUUUGUGACCAGCGAAGCGUCCGAGAAGUGCCGGAAGGAGAGGAGGAAGACCGUGAAUGGCGAUGAUAUUUGCAGCGCUAUGGAGACGCUGGGUUUUGACGAUUAUGCUGGUCUGCUAAGAAGGUAUUUGCAUAGAUAUAGGGAAUUAGAAGGCGAAAAAGCGAAUCAAGACAAGGUAAUGAACAGCACUCAACAGUAGCAAAUCCAAGGGUGUUGAGCAAUCUUUGUCACAUAGAAAUACUCAACAAUUUAGGAACAAUCAGGCUUCGACCUUCACCUCGGCAAACUUUUAAACUGAUGAAAGGAGUGAUAGAUCAAUCUCAAGGCCAUGUUGAGGAUACAAGGGAAGGUAUUAGGGCAACUGAUAUGUAUCAAUUUUCUAGCUUUAAUCAUGAUGACACUCGUGGAGGUAAUUUUACAUGUCUGGGCUUUUUAUUUUCA